AUGCCAACAUCAUUUGAUACGGAACAUGAACGUUUGCGCGAAGACGAAGCACGAAAAGUGAAUUGGAAACGUUGGGGACCAUACUUAUCAGAAAGGCAAUGGGGUACUGUGCGAGAAGAUUAUUCGGAUACAGGUUCAUGUUGGGAUUAUUUUUCACAUGAUCAAUCUCGAUCACGUGCAUAUCGAUGGGGUGAAGAUGGUCUUCUAGGUUUCACCGAUCGCGAAUGUCGUUUGUGUUUUGCGUUAUCCUUAUGGAAUGAAAAAGAUCCUAUACUCAAAGAACGUCUAUUUGGUUUAACUGGACCAGAAGGAAAUCAUGGUGAAGAUGUCAAAGAACUGUAUUAUUACCUUGAUUCAACACCAACGCAUUCAUAUUUUAAGAGUCUUUAUAAGUAUCCUCAAAAUGAAUAUCCAUAUCAAAAAUUAAUCGAGGAAAAUCGUCGCCGUUCAAAGGAUGAUCGCGAAUACGAACUUCUUGAUACAAAACUAUUCGAUAAUAGUGAAUACUUUGAUAUAUUUGCUGAAUAUGCCAAAAACGCUCCUGAUGAUAUUGUAAUUCGAAUACAAAUUCACAAUCGGUCGAACAAGGAUGCGCCAUUACAUCUGGUCCCAACGUUAUUCUUUCGCAAUACAUGGUCGUGGGGUUGUAAACACGAAGGUUGUACCAUGCGUCCCAAGAUUGAACAAAAAGAUGGCGAAGCUUUUCUUCGCACUAAACAUGACACAUUGGAACCGUUUCUCUUCGAUAUUAAUCCCGAUGAGGAUGGUCAGCUGCCAGAGGUACUCUUCACUGAAAAUGAAACGAAUUUCAAACGAUUAUACCAACUAGAGAAUCGUACCCCAUAUGUGAAAGAUGCGUUUCAUGAAUAUGUUAUAAAUAAUCGAAAAGAUCUGAUUAAUCCGAAACACAGAGGAACAAAAGUUGGUCUAUAUUAUCGUUUGAAAGUUAAAGCAAAUUCAUCGGCAACAAUACGUCUUCGACUGUAUCGUUUAUUCGAUGAUACGAAGGUACCAAUGAAAUUGGAUUUCAAAGAGAUCGAUCAAAUAUUCGAGCAACGAACUCAGGAAGCAAACGAAUUUUAUUCAACAAUAAUGCAUCCUCAACUGAAUGCCGAUGAGAAAAACACUGUUCGACAAGCGUACGCUGGUCUUUUACAUAGCAAACAAUUUUAUCAUUAUAUAGUAGAAGAUUGGAUUGCGGGUGAUGCUGAUGUUAUGUCAUCAUCCGAAACGCGAAAACAGAAUGUGCGAAAUAAAGAUUGGCCACACUUGUAUUGUCGAGAUAUUCUAUCGAUGCCUGAUAAAUGGGAGUAUCCCUGGUUUGCUAGCUGGGAUUUAGCAUUUCAUGUUAUUCCGUUUGCUCAUAUCGAUCCACAUUUUUCCAAAACUCAAAUACGACUACUGUUACGCGAAUGGUACAUGCAUCCAAACGGGCAAAUUCCUGCCUAUGAAUUCAAUUUCAGUGACGUUAAUCCACCGGUGAGUGCAUGGGCUGCUUGGCGAGUCUAUAAGAUGUCAACAGAUAAAAAGGAAGAACGUGACCGGUCAUUUCUUGAAAGUGUAUUCCUCAAGUUGCUUAUGAAUUUCACUUGGUGGGUUAAUCGAAAAGAUCCAAAUAAUCAGAACUUAUUUGCUGGAGGAUUUCUCGGUCUAGACAAUAUCGGUGUAUUCGAUCGAUCAGCUGAAUUACCCGAAGGCGGAACUAUGCACCAAUCUGAUGGCACUGCAUGGAUGUGUUUCUAUUGUUUGACUAUGUUUGGCAUAGCAUGUGAAUUAGCUGGUGGAGUUAACGGUGAGCCAGUCAUUGAAGCGUACGAAGAUAUGGCAUCGAAAUUUUUUGAACAUUUCGUACAAAUUGUCGAUGCUAUGAAUCUUCAUGGAGGUACAGGUUUAUGGGAUGACGAUGAUGGGUUUUAUUAUGAUCAAGUCAAAUGCGGUGUCACCGAUAAAGUUAUACCAUUAAAAACACGCUCGCUCGUUGGUGUACUACCAUUAAUUGCUGUGUCUGUUCUUGAAGUUGAAAAAAUGAACAGUUUACCAGGCUUUCAACGACGAUUUAACUGGUUCUUAAAGUAUCAGCCAAAUCUUCGGCAACAUAUUAUUCAACGGAAGUCAACACGCAAUGGCAGUAGUGAUGCUUUUCUUCUUGCGAUACCGUCCGAAGAACGUCUUCGUCGUAUGCUUGGCUAUAUACUCGACGAAGAUGAAUUUCUUUCUGAAUAUGGUCUUCGUUCAUUAUCAAAAUAUCAUGAAAAACAUCCAUAUGUAUUCGAACCUGGUAGUAAGCAUGAACUAUGUGUUAGUUACUCACCAGCUGAAUCGAAAACGAGCAUGUUUGGUGGCAACUCGAAUUGGCGAGGACCGAUCUGGUUGUGUAUCAACUAUUUAGUUAUCGAAGCACUCGAACGGUAUCAUCGAUCGUACGGUGAUGAUUGGAAAGUUGAAUGUCCAACACGAAGUGGAAACUGGAUGAAUCUACGCGAAGUGUCUCAAGAACUUGCGAAACGCUUAGUGAAAAUCUUUCUUCUGAACGAAGAUGGCAAACGACCAUUGAAUGGGGACGAGUCAAUCUAUUCCACUGAUGCCCACUUUCGUGAUCUUGUACUUUUUUAUGAAUACUUUCAUGGUGACACAGGUCGCGGACUAGGUGCAAGCCAUCAAACAGGCUGGACAGCAUUGAUCAUCCAACACAUACAAGAUAUUGCUGAACUGAGAAAAGACUAA